GGGUACCGGUUGGGGUCAAAACGCUGCGGCGGCCGCGCUGUCGGCAGAGACGGGACGGCUGCGCUGGAUUCCCGUUCCCCCUCCGAUGGAUCCCACCCCGAGCGCUUCCCACCGCCGCCGCCUCCUGCUUCUCUCGCCGGCGUCCCCCGCCUCGCCCGCCGUGGUCAAGGCGCUCUUUCAGGAUGAGCUCUCGCCUGUCUCGGACCUCCGCCUCACCAUGGAGCAGCUGGGGCGCGGGCAGCGUGAAAACCUGGACCAAGACGUGGGAACCAAAAAUGGAUUGCACAGAUCAGCCUCUUCAGAGUCCACAGACUCAGGUUUGGCUUUGGAUUCUCCUGGCCCUGCGACCUCACACGACGCCAUGGAGGACACGUUUGAGAAAGCAAUCAAAUCCAGCAGGCUGAACCUUCGAAUACCUUUCAGAAGAAUCCAUUCCCUGCCCCAAAGCCUGCUGGGCUCCAGCCCUGCUCUGAAGAGAAACCACUCUGACUCUCUGGACACUGAUGCUUUCCAGCCUUUGGAACAGGAUGAAAAUAAGGAAAAUGAAUCAUUUGAGUUCAAGAAGCCAACCAAACCAGCUUCUCGUGGCUUCCGUGACGGGAGGGGUGUUCCUGCAGCAAGGCAGAAUUCAUCUCCAGCUCAGCUGCCCAUGGCAGAAACAGCCUCUGGGGAACAGGAGAACUCCAGGGCAGCCUUCCUGCAGCAGCAUUCCCUGCCCUCCUCGGAGAGUGAGGAUGAUGAUGGCUUCAUGGAGCUGCUGGAUGACCAGGACUUGAAGAACGAUGAGGAGAUGCCCUCAGAUGUGUCCAGUCUCUGGACGGCGCCGCUGGUCAUGAGGAGAGCGGACAGCCGGGCCAAGCGGUGCCGGCUGUUUGGCUCUUCAUCCACGUCAAGCAUUGCAGGAAGAACCACCCAGAAAAGGAUGGAGAGAUCCCAGGAGGAGAAUUCUCCAGGGAAAAGCAAGAAGAGGAAAAGCCUGCCAGGAACUUCUGAGGACUCCACGAGCCUGAAGCUGGUGAGGACCCAGCCCUCCACAGCAGAGAUUGAGAGCAUUUUGGACAGUGACCAGAGGGACCUUAUCGGGGACUUCUCCAAGAGUUAUUUAUUUGACACUGUCGAUGGGAAACAUCAAGAUUUAAAAUACAUCGACUCCGAAAUGAUUGUGUCUGUGCUGACUGGGAAGUUUGAGAGCUUCAUCAAGCAGUGUGUGAUAAUUGACUGUAGAUACCCCUAUGAGUAUGAAGGGGGGCACAUCAAGGGUGCCAUAAACCUGCACAUGGAAGAGGAGGUGCAGAAUUUCCUGCUGAAGAAGCCCAUCCAGCCGUCGGAGGACAAGCGCGUCAUCGUGGUGUUCCACUGCGAGUUCUCCUCGGAGCGGGGCCCGCGCAUGUGCCGGUUUGUGAGGGAGCAGGACAGGCUGAGCAAUGAGUACCCCAACCUGCACUACCCAGAGCUCUAUGUGCUCAAGGGAGGCUACAAGGAUUUCUUCUUGAGGUGCCAGAGCUUCUGCGAGCCCCAGAGCUACCGCCCGAUGCACCACAAGGACUUCAAGGAGGACCUGAAGAGGUUCCGCACCAAGAGCCGGACCUGGGCCGGGGAGAAGAGCAAGAGGGAGAUGUACAGUCGGCUCAAGAAGCUCUGAGGGCUGCAGGGACCUGCAAGGACUGCCCAGCCUGGGGGCUGCAGUGGGACAGCCACGUGUUCCUGUGCUCCCACCCCCCUGGGCUGUCUCCUCCCUGGGAUCACCUGGACCUCGGCCCCGCGAGCCGGAUUCCAGCUGGGAGCUGCCUUGGGAUUCUUUUGGUUACGUUGCUUCGUGAAAAUAUUGUGGCUUCUUGUGUUGUGUGACACCCCCAGAUCGCCCAGGGAGGGUGGGGACAGCCUUGUGGGGCUGGGCUCGGUGUCAGCACUGCCAGGGAAUUGUAGUACCUGUUAAUUUUUUAAAUGCUUAAUUUUAUUUAAAUACAGUCAAAUGAAGCCAAUACCGCUGCGGUUGGAUCAUCUGGGUUGUACUUAAACCUUGUUUCUGCUCCAGGGUGA